CGCUACACAAGUUGGACCAACAGGAGAAUACACAGGAAAUGUAAAGUAAGUGUGAAACGACAAAUAAUGAGGGGAAGAAAAAAGGCACUUCCAGGAGACUACUGCAGAGAAUAUACCAAGGAUCGACGACAACCACGCCGUUCCUUGACCUCUCAAUACUCCCCGUGUCUCACUCCCCUGGUGAAGGAACAUCGAGGAGAACGUAGAUCACUUUGUGCUACAGUGUGGAACCACCACAGCUGACUCAGUGACGUCAUCCGGUCGUGUAAACAACUCUAUAUCUUCGAAACAAGACCAUCGUAAGACUGGCUCCAAAAAUGCUCACGCUUCCACUCUAAUCGAGGCCUACUGUGCAGACUGCUUCUUGCCCCGAACGUCAACACCAAUUUUUCAUCCCGCCAAGGCUGAUCACAAACAGAUCCGCAACCACCAGCCGUUGUGUGAGCUCUGGCUGCCUCUGAGGGCAUUACAGAUCAUUGACAUUAGCCUGGUCAGAGGAGACAGCAACUGUGAAGUUAAGUGUUUGCCAGGGUGCCUACUACUAGAAAGAGAGACAGGAAGGGGGCAGGUUGUCACUGGCUCAUCCAUUGGUCUUCAGGACUGAGGAGUUGUGAGCCUUGCAUCAAGAGUAGAACAAAGAAUGGAAUUUCGCAACGAAGGCAAUGUAAGCUUUAUCCGCCUUAAGACCAGGGACAGCUGCCAUGCAUUGAGGCUAAAGAAGCGGAGUUUGGCAGUGAAUGUACGUCGACAGCGACUGGAGGAGGUGGUAAAAAAACUGAAGGCUCCCACAACAGAAGAGUUUACUCAAUUAUGUCUCCAUCUUAAGAAGCACAAGGAUCUACAUGUCUUGCAAAAGUUGCGUCAUGCUCUUAGCAGCAGUGAGGAGAAUAUUACUGUUUUCCUUAACUGCCAGGGUGCCUUGUACUCCUUGGUUACCUGUUUAACAGGACAGGAUGGUGUUCUCCAGAGGGAAGCUGCAUGCAUCCUGGUUAACUUGGCUCUAGGUAAUGAAAAGCAUUGUGUUGAGGUUUGCAAGCAAGUGGGUGUCUAUUUGGUCCUUCAUUUAGCAAACAGUAAUCCAGACUUGCAGGACCCUUGUGCUUGGUGCAUUGGUAACCUGUGUGGGGGUAAUGCUAAAGUGUGCAAGCUGCUGGCAUCACAAGGGAUGGAGGAAGCCCUUGUGAAGACCCUUGCAUCCCAUGCACCUCAUGUCAUUCAGUCUGCAGCCUAUGCCCUUACCCAGUACCUUGCUACACUCCAAGAAAGAAUAAGACCAAUGUCAGGAGCCUCAUUGGUGCGACAUCUUGUUGAUGCUUUAAGUACUACUGGAGGACUGCCUGAAGUUGGCUGGUGUUUGUUUAUGCUUUCAACAGAUCAGGAAGUAUGUCAUUUGCUGUUGGAUCAAGGUAUAAUAGGAGCAGCUUUUAAUAUUCUGGAGAAACUGGUCAAUGAACAGAACCUCAAUGUUGCUGCAGUUACACCUAUCAUGAGGGUAUUAAUGAACUGUGCUGCAUCUGUGCAUGGAACAGCUGUUGAGAUAUGUUAUCGCAAUGAACAGUUUGUACAAGUGACAAGAGCUCUGCUUUAUUCUUCCACUCCUCACCUACAGACAGAAACUGUACACUUUCUUGCAAAUGUUUUGAAUGCUGCAUCAGCUGAAUCACUGACAGGGCAGUGUGUUGUGGAGGACUUGAGCUUGCGGCCACGGCUGGAGCCUGCAUUGCGUCGAGCCCUAGCUGCGCAUUUCACACUCCACCAGCCUGAGCCACAAGUCUCUUUCUCUGGAGUGUUGUGAUGACCUGCUCACUUGUCUAUUUUUAUAUGUAUGUUGCUAUCAUAAAAGAAAAAAAAAUACUAUAUGAUAUUCUUUGAUGGUAAGAGGUGGAAUCUGAGUCCACUGCUGUUUACCUAUAAUACUGCAUUGAGGACUGAUUAAAAAAAAGUUGAGACAGUGAGUUGAGAAGUAUGAAAGUGUGUGAACAGGAGUUAGAGCAAGGUUAGAUUGAGGGAGACAGCAAGUGCCUAUCCUGUCAUACAAAAAAAGGUGAAGCCAUUGGGCAGAGCAUAUGAGGCUGUGUUAAGCAAUGGGAAUUUGCCACUUUUCUUUUUCCAUACAAGAUGAAAACUAAGUAAGAACUGAUUGUUUGACUUCAGUAAACUACAUUAUAGUUU